CCAACGCUUCGUGACUCAAGUACAAGUGUAGGAGAUGGCAGCACAUCAGGCACAUCCACCGAGGUGUCAACAUCAAGAGAUGCUGCAUGCCAAACUGAGCCAGUGCUGACAAGGACUGCAGGCACACAGCUGUCCUUGAGGACUUUUCAGUCCCACUUGAGAAGUGAAGGUGUCCAAGCUACUGUGUCCUGCAAGGAUUUUGGUGUCGGGACAUCCAGUGUAGACCCUUUGUCUUUUUCAUCAACACCAAUAAAGAGACCUUCAAAAAGACGUCGCCUGGACAUUGAAGAGGAGCUGGUGGAAGACCCAUUAGAGGGAACCUCUUCAUUGACAGCGUCAAAGGGACAAGAUUCCACAUAUGAUCCUGCAGAUUCUGUCACAUUGACAGAGUCAACAUUUUUGUCACAAGAGUCAUCAACUCACCCACACAAGACAAAGAAAUACAUCGUCUACAAGAGUUCCAUUAUGGAGUUAUUUGCUGCCUGUCCUGUUUGCACACUGAAAUGUGAAGUGAAAACAUGGAAGCUGGGGACAUUCCUGUCUGUGGAUCAGCAGUGCCCUCAUUGCCAGUUCUACAGACACUGGAACAGCCAGCCUUUUCUCGGAAGCACGCCAGCAGGGAACAUCCACCUAUCUGCAGCUGUGUACCUGAGUGGUGCAUCUUUCUUGAAAAUUGCAAGGGUCUUCAAGGCAAUGGACCUACAAUUGUUUCAGCAUAACACAUUUCGCCGCCAUGCCAGAUCCUUCAUUGAACCUGCAGUCAUUCACCACUGGAAAACAUCACAGGAUAUGAUGCUCCAGCGGCUCAGUCAGGAGAACAGAUUGAUAGUUGGUGGUGACAUGAGGGCUGACUCUCCAGGACACUCUGCAAAGUUUGGGAGUUACACCAUGAUGGACCUCAACACAAACACAGUUAUUGACAUCCAGUUGGUUCAGAGUAACGAGGUUGGGGGUAGUUACUACAUGGAGAAAGAUGGGAGAAAUGGAUCAUAUUCAAGGACACUAAUUCUUGAUAUCAGAUCAGGGUCGGGAAUGUCUUCGUCUCCGUUUGGUCAGAGAAGUGAAGAUGGAUCAACAAACUGGAGUGACUCCGAGGACGAGUGCAAACUCCCUCUUAACCAGUUCUACCCAUAUAUCCGCUGUGCCCUCUGCUGCGGCUUCUUCAUUGACGCCACCACCAUCACAGAAUGUCUGCACACAUUUUGCAAAAGUUGCAUUGUGAAGCACUUCUUCCACAGCAACAGGUGUCCCACAUGCAGCAUCAUAGUCCACCAGACACAACCACUUUACAAUAUCAGGCCAGACAGACAGCUGCAGGAUAUUGUUUACAAAAUGGUUCCCUUCUUAGAGGAGUUGGAAAGAGAGCAGAUGUGCAAGUUCUACAGAGACAGAGGUCUGGAGGUGCCUAAAGCAGUGAUAGUUUCUCCUCCAGUUGUAUUGAAGAGGCAGAAGAAGGACACUGUUCCUCAGUCUGUAUUCACUAUUCCCCCUGAACUGGAUGUGUCACUGCUGCUGGAGUUUGUAGGGGCAGAAGAGGGGAUUAAUAACUACAAGCCAUUAGAAAGGCGGUACGUCCGUGUAUCAGGAGAGGCCACCAUCCGCCACGUGGAGCUGUUCAUCAGAAGGAAGAUGGAGCUCAGCCCCACCUGCCAGGUGGAUGUGGUUUGUGGAGAUCAUCUUCUGGAUCACUAUCAAUCACUCAAAGACAUACAAAAGGCAGUGGGUGAAGAGGCGCUACAGGAUGGUCUGUUGGUGCUUCACUUUGGCCUGGUCCUACCCUCCCAGGUCUGAGCCGCACAAAAAAAAAAAAAAAAAAAAAAUCAUGACAUGGGGGAUAUAAGGGUCUUUCUUUUUUAAAGUCUGUGGAAUCAGAUUUUUGCUGAUAAUAAUCAAACAAAACUAUGUGAGACUAUAAAACUCACAGAAGCAGAAAAACGUAGAAACAAAUUGAGUGAAUGUGUAAAUUAUUGGUUUGUUUCCUUUUAUUUACAGUUCUUUUGCUUCUGUCUCAUUGAUCAGACUUUUGCUGCCACUGCCAACUCUCUAACGUGUGUUUUGUUUGAUUUUAUUGACAAAAAUUCUGCUGUGCUAUAAAUACCACACACUAGCCAUAUAAAUUUUUCGAUGGAUGUUGAUAACAAAAGGUUAACUUAAAUAUAACUAUAGAGUGGUGGGUUAAAAUUUCCUUUUUUCGUCUUGAAUGAAAAUAUGCAUUUUGGACUUAAAAAAGCAGCAUUAACUGUUCACUUGCCAAGGUCAUUGUUAUAUUUCAAGAUGCCAAUGAAUGUGCUGCAUUAAAACUGGGUGGAGAAGCUUUUGUAAAGUUUUAUUUCCAGCGUCAACUAAAUGAACAAGACUUUUCAUAUUGUUAAACAUGUUUGAUGAGCAAAAACAGAAAAUCACCAUAGAAACUGUGAAAACACCUUUUAUAGGUAAGCCUUAUGAUGAUGUACUACUGUCAACCUAAAACUCCUUAAAUCUUUACCUGUUUGUCUGUGAAUGCAGCACAACGCCUGCAUCAGUCGGGUUCUCCUGACUGAUAAGAAACCAGGGAUGACUUCUUAUUUUUCUAUUUAUUUACUUUUUUAAGUUUGGGUGUGUUUUUCAUACCAACAAAGGGCUGGAAACUACCAAAGGUCUGUUUAUGUACAACUUAAAACCUACACUUAGUUGCUGGUUUAUACGUGUGAUGUAAGAGCUGCUAACAUUUGUAAAGACUGCAAUUUCAACCGAUGACACUGUCUUAAUAAAAUCUGUUUCAAAUCA